CUCCGGCAUCGCAUUUCGGGGGACUGUUAUAAAACCACGACUCUACAAUACCACUGUUUUGAAUGUGAGCAUUAACUCCAGAUCUUUCUAUCUGUGCCACAGUCAACGCAAACUUUGCCAUCCACUUACUCCACCACUUGCUCCAAACCUCCCACAUAUUACAAACAAAAGUUCUCCACAAUGUCUUCAAAUGUCGGUCUCAAUACUCCUCGCGGAAGCGGCACAUCAGGCUACGUCCAGAAGAACUGGGCCUUCAUGAAACCGCGCAACGCAGGCUACGGCGCGCCGUAUCCACCAGUCGGAGCGAACGGCGAUGCAGGACGGCCCUUUAAGCAGCGGCAGCCUGACAAGCAGAUUCUCGAGCAUGACCGGCGGCGGGCGAUUGAGGUGAAGGUUAUGGAGGAGAGGGAACGGCUGGAGGAGGAGAAUGAGCGGAUUGAGGAGGAGAUUGCGGAGCGGAAGAAGAAGGGGGAUAAGGAAGACGGGGAGGAGCAGGAGGGGAAGGUUCUGUCAGAUGAGGAGAUUGAGGAGCGGUGUGAGGCCUUGAGGGAGAAGUUGGUGAAGGAGAUGGAGGAGGAAGAGGAGAGGAAGGGUAAGGAGGGGGAGCGGAGGGGUGGUCGGUCUGCGCGGGAUUUACCGCCGAGGGAUAGGAGGCAGUUUAAGUCGUAUCAGGUUCAUGAGCUUGCUGAGGCGAAGAUUGAGGAGAGCGAGCGGUUACGGAAGGCGUUGGGGAUUAAGGAGGAUAAGGAGACCGGGGAGAUCUCGAGUGGGCGUCGGGACUGGGAGGAGAAGAAGCGGGAGAGGGAGCGGGCGCGUCCUUGAGCUUCUAUUUGCUCUCUUGGAUUCUGCUCGUUUUUGUUCGUUUCGUGAUAAUAUUGAAUUAGGACAUUGGCGUUGGGGAGUCAUACUGCACAUGAUUCUUGUAUAGGACAGACAGGAUUUGGGAUCAUACGGAAUGAAGUAACAGAGCGUGUCUCAUGAUGACCAUGGUUCUGGUAUU